AUGCCUGUAAUGAUAAUGUACGCCUUUGUCUGGAGCAUUUUCGUCGCUGGCCUAGCCACUGCAGGGCCUGGGUAUUCGAUACAAUGCUGUAACAUAGCGUUACAGACAUUUGCUUAUCUUAAUAAGAGUAUACCCCAGGACGACUACAAAUGUGGUCAGGUCUACGAAGCCGCCCUUCCACCUGCUCCACCUCUUCUGGUUCCCACCUCGUGGUGUCGCCAAAAAUGCUCUGGGUAUGGAGUAUCGGCUCCUGGCGACACAAAUGCUUGGGCGGCACCCCUGAUUCAAUACAUUCUACCAGCGGUCAUUUUCAGUAUGACCAUCCCUCGAAGAUUGGUGCUUGAACCGCCCAGAUGGUUCUUCGACUUCAAUGUCAACCAUAUGAGUGGCCUCGUCAAGGCUCUUUUCUCUUUGUGCGUUGCGGGUAUAAUCGUGACUCUCGACACCGCAGUCUGGGUUUUCAUAAUCAUGGUAGCGCCGGCACCGUUCAUCUUCAGUGGACUCGUGGAAAUUGUGCUCGACUAUAGGAUUAUACGGAAUCUGAAUAGUAGCAACACAAUUCAAGGCAAAGAUCAGCCCGAGGGACUGGACAGGGCUCAAAGAGUUCAGCUUUUGACUGCCGUUCUGGCCGGGAACCUUGGGAUAGACGGUGUCCCAGCUGAUCCUCAAAAAGAAUUAGGGACGGUCUUGGAUAUCUAUAAGCACCCCGAAGAAGUGGCAUUGCGUUUGGGGGCAAUGCUAGAUUGCCAAUAUCCGUUCGGAGCCGCUGUAGGAGCUCCCAUUCUGCUCUAUAUCGGGUCUUUUGUAUAUACGCUUGCCACGAUCCGCAGUUCCAAUGGAGACAGGGAAACAUCAAGGGCACUGGCUUUCGGUAUUUGGUGGAUGAACAUUGUGCAUGUCUCAGCCAUCAGUGGAUGCUUGUUGGCUAGCAACAAUCCAAAUACAGCAGGAGCGAUCGUCAAGCGGAGACGAGAGAAAGUCGGACUACAGGAACGGCUAAAUUACGCCAACCAGCGAUCUGAGAUGGAAGACAAGAUCCAAGCUCGGUUAGAGGCAUGGUCGAGGCUCCCGCUGAGCUAUAAGGCUCGUUAUGAGCCUGUCUGGAUGUGGACGAGAGGAAAAAGCAAGGCUGGCUGGGUUCGACGAACUUCUGCCUGGAAAAAUCCUUGGUUCCGCGAGAAAGUCGAGAUGACCGUCCCCGGCUGGAUUUCCCUCGCUUGUGUGGCUUUUGGGCUUGUCUUAUUCCCAUGUGCACUCGCCUUUUGGGUUGAGUAUUUGACGCCAACGAAAGGCGUGGGCUGCCGGUCAUUAACGAUUUUGGUCUACGCCUCCACUCAAUUGACUUUCACCGUCCUCUCAGCUUGGAGCCAUUUCAAAGCGUCCCACAACCAGAAUUAUUGGGAUAACCACCGUUGGCUUGGUCGCUUGAGGCGCACAUGGGUCGGCGUGUCUGUUUUGGUCAUCUUCCUCUUUCCCGCUUGGGUAGCCGCAGUGUUUACGACCUUUGCUGGAACCCUCAUACAAAUUACAGGCAUCUACCGAAAUUGCCUAUGCGCUUCGAGUGGAUACUGGUCUUGGGGUCCUACCUCCACCGUUCAACUCGCAGCGGACACCGAAGCCGAUAGACAUGCUAGUCUGCAUUGGCAGAAAGCUGGUUACACAGCUCUCAUUUUCUUGGCUGUUGUGACGUAUUUAGCAUGGUGGUGCCAAUGCUAUCUGCGCCAGAAGUUCAUCGAGCGCGUGAAGCACCUCAUCCCUGAGAAUCCUACUGGACAUGACAUUCAUACCAAAGCACAAGUCGAUCUAGGAAGGCAGCGAAUUGCGGAGACUAUCAAGAGUUCUGAGAUCAGCACCCUCCGCAAUCUGAGUGGCGCCUCUGGUUUAUACGUUCUCUCUGCUCUUCUGGUCUCGGACUUGACUGUCACAGGGGCGACAUAA